AUGGACUUUCUUUCUCUACCAAACCCAUCUAUCUUUUGUUUUCAACUUACUUCCCUCUUCGAUCUUCUUCGCUCCCCGUCUCUCACCACCUUCUCACCGUUUGUAGCUCUUGAAUUAUCCCAUGUGUUGUUGCCCACGCACCUGCAGGUUCGUCUGGGAGGGUCAGUGCGAGACAGGUUCGGAUCCUCCCGACCCAACACCGGCUUCUGCCGAACCUACUGCGGGUGGCACUCAUACGCGGAAGUCUCCCGGAAGAUUCUCAAGUUCGCAUUCGUGGGGAACGCGGAGGAGCAGUGUCCCAGUGGGUGCAGGAGAGGGUUUGGGAUGCGGGGGAGUGCGAAUGGGUGGAGAGGGGUGGACGGGAUGGUGAGCAUCGUGGGGCACGAGAUAGCAGAAGCGGCCACGAAUCCUGUUUUCACCCGGGGGUGGUUCGAUGAUGACGGGCAGGAGAAUGCUGACAAGUGUCAGAUUGACUUUGGCCCUGCCAGCAGCAUCAGGACUGUUGGGGACAGGUACGCCUACAACAUGGUGGGGCAGGGCGGCAUGCGCUGGCUUAUCCAGUCAAACUGGCGGCCGGGCGGCAAGGAGGCAGGGUAUCCAUGGCACCAGCAGCAGCAUCAGGGACCAGAGUGGUAG